AUGAAGGAGAUAUCAGUAAGAAACCCCUUUCAAACAAAGAAAGGAUCAACGCAAAGAAGAAUGGCAUGGCAAGACAUUGCAGAAAAUUGCGAGAAGUCAAGCAUAACAAUUCCUGUUUCCGAAAGAGUGGUGAGAGAGAGGUUCAUACAAUCAUUGAUAUCUGCGAACAUGACAACUGCACAGGCCUAUCACCGGUCUGUUAUUGGUUCAUUUAAUCAAGGUGAUCCCAGGUUUGGUGAAACUGCUGGUGUACAGUGCACCCAAGAGCAUGAUGCCAUGUUGAAACAGCAACGAGAUAAAUAUCAAAGCGAAAUGGGCACCCAAGAGCACAAAGCCAAAUUGAAACAGAAGCGAGAUUCACAACGAGAUAAAUAUCAAAGCAAAAUAGGUAGUCCUGAACAUCUGAAAAAGUUAAAGCGAAAUUGUGAUUUCCAUCAAAUACAAAAAUCUCAGGAAAUGAGCACGUUGAAAAGAAUUGAAAAUUUUAAAAAGGCUAUAAUAGAAGGACCAGUAUUUAUAUGUAUUGUAUGCAAUCCCUGUCUUUAUAGAAAAUCUGUAGUUGUCUUUUAUAAUGAUAAUUACAAAAUUGACACAACUGACCUUUUGCUGAAAUCUGAAAUUCCUGCACAGGCUGUUUGUAACAAGUUAGACAUGUUUGAUUCUCCUGAUGAAUUAGAAACACUUAAUAGGUUGGAAAAGACCAUUAUUGCUAGACGAAUAUUGUUCAAAAAGAUAACAAUUAUGCCGAAAGGUCAAUCUCCUAAGCUAAAAGGAACUAUUUGCAAUGUCCCUAUUAAUUGUCAAACUAUUGUUAGUACACUUCCACAUGGAGCUGACACUGUCAACCCACAGUCGGUGAAAUUGGCUUUGCUUUACUUGAAACAGAACAACCCAUUGUAUUCUGAUAUAACCAUUGAUGAAAACUUGAUUCCGUCUUCACUGGUAGAUUUACGUGACCCUGUAGAAACAGAAUGUACUUCAGAAAGCAAUGAUCAUGAACUUGAAGAAGUUGAAAAUCCACUAAAUGCUAAUAGGUUUAAUGCAAAUGAAAGUAUGAUGUUGUCAAAUGUACCACAAGCCGAGGAUAUUAGCAUAGCACCAGGAGAAGGUGAAAUACCAUUUUCAAUGAUGAAUGAUCAAUUUUGUGAGGAAUUAGCUCAUCCUUAUCUUUUCCCAACUGGUAAGUUUAGCUACAAAGUUGAACGUGAUAUCAAGCUUAGUCCAACAAAGUAUUUUAAUCAGCGGCUGUUGAAUUAUAAACAAAAAUUUGCCUCAAACUCUGAUUACAUUUUUUAUGUGUUGUCCACUCUGCAACAACUCAAUAUGAGUAGUCAAAUCAAUAUUGCUGUGAAAAAGGUUAAGACAGAUUCUCUCACAGCUGGUAUGUUGUCCAAAAAUUUCUCUGAAACAGUGCAGUCUUGUAUUGCUGAAGAUAAAGGUUUUCAAUUUAUGAGUCCUAUCAAAGCAAAAUUGAAUAGUGAGAAUCUGACUGAUGAGGAAAUAAUCAACCUAACAUACUUUGAAAGAUGUAGAUUUUUGAACUUGAAUCCUGUUCUACUUGCCAGGCAUUUUCAGUAUCGUGUUGAGCUUUUUUUUAAGGAAAUUGUAGUUGAUGGACCUCUUGGUAAGGUUAAAUACUGUGCAAUUCGUGUAGAGUUUCAGAUUCGUGGAAGUCCUCAUAUUCAUUCCUUUUUGUGGGUGUUGAAUGCUCCUGUUUUGACUGAAAACAAUAUUGAUAAAUACAUACAAUUCGUAGAUGCAAUUAUUAAAGCAUAUGAACCAGAUCGUGAACAUGAACGUGAAUUAUUUGACUUAGUAACAACUUAUCAGGUGCACUCUCAUUCUAAAUCUUGUCGAAAGUAUACAAAUGAAACAUGUCGGUAUCAUUUUGGUCGUUUUUUUUCCGAAAGGACUAUUGUUGCUUUGCCUCUGUCAAAAGAUAUAGAUCCAGAUGAACGUAGUGAAAUUUUAAAGAAUAAGGAAGUCAUAUUGAAUAAGGUUAAAGACUAUAUUGACACAGAGUUGAAUCCAAAAAAGAAAAAUAUUUUGAAUUCCAAUCAAGAGAAUUUCGAGAUUACUCCAACAAUAUCAGAAAUAUUAGAUGAACUUGAUAUUCCAGAAAGUGAAUAUUAUAAUGCUUUGAGUAUUUCUAAUGGUAACGACUUUCAACUUUAUUUGAAGAGGCCGCCUGAUUCGUGUUUCAUAAAUAAUUACUUUGAUGAAGGUCUUCUAGCAUGGGAAGCAAAUAUUGAUAUUCAACCUGUCUUCAACCACUACAAGGCUGUGACAUAUAUGUGUGCAUAUUUCUUAAAAUGUGAAGAUGAGACUUCUCAGGCCAUGAAACAAGCAGCGAAAGAAGCUUUCAAUUCAAAUAAAUCCUAUACUGAGCAAAUGAAAUUGAUUGCAAAGGUUUUCACUACAAAAAGGGAAUGUUCUGUUCAAGAAGCUGUAUAUUUAAUAAUGCCAGAACUUUGGCUCAGGAAAACAUUUCCAAAAGUUGUAUUUGCCAACACCAACCUCCCAGAAAAGCGCUAUAGAAUGUGUCGCAGUAAACAUGAAAUUGAUGAACUUCCUGAAGAUAGUACUGACAUGUUUAAAAGAAAUAUGCUAAAUCGGUAUGUCGAUAGACCCAACCCAACAUUUGCAAAAGGAGAAUAUGCCAUUCUUGAUCAAUUUUGCUACGCACAAUUUCUUGCAAAUUAUUACCUUGCUGGAAGGUUUGAUGAUGAAAAUGAUAGCCAGCCAACUGUAUUACGUGAUGACAACAUAGAAAGGAACCAUAUAACAAAUUGGUUCCCUGCAAUAUUGCCAUUAAUGUCAUCCAAUGAAAAAUUGAAGUGUCGUAAAGUUAAACAAGUGUUACGAUUAUAUACACCAAAUAAACAUAAAUACCCUGAGUUAUAUGCACAUCAUUUGCUAAUGUUAUACUAUCCAUUUCGAAAUGAAUGUGACUUGAAAUCUGCUUCUGACAGUUAUGUUGAAAAACUCAACGAACCUGGUGUAUUAUCAAUCAUAAAUAAACAUAAGCAAACAUUUGAGCCAUUUAGUGAUCUAAUUGACACUGCCUUAUCAAACUUGCGUACAGACUUGCUUACAAAUCAAGAUGCUUUUACUGCUCAUGAAAAUGAUGAAGUUCAAGAUGAAAUGAUUGAAACAAUAGAUGAGAUUGUGGAUGAUGAAAAUGUUGUUUUUGACAGUGAAAUCAAUGUUUCAACAAAUAAUUCAGAAUUCCUGAGCAAUGCAGAAUUGAAUCCCAUGAUUUCAUCCUUGAAUUACAAACAAAGACAAGUGUUCGAUUUAGUAUAUGACUGGGCUUGCAGGUAUAUAAAAAACUUAUCGGCAAUAAGAAAAAUAGAAGUUACACCAUUGUAUAUUUUUUUGACUGGCGCUGGUGGCUGCGGAAAGUCACAUCUAAUUAAAACCAUAUAUCAAGCAAUGUCCAAGGUACUUUCAUAUAAAUCUAAGGACCUGAACAAACCCAAAGUUUUUCUUGUGGCUCCUACUAGUGUUGCUGCAAUUAAUAUCAAUGGUACUACUAUUCAUACAGCUUUUGGAAUACCUGUUGGUCAUUUUGGAAAGAAUUUGCCACGUUUAAAUGACAAAAGGAGGAGUACUUUACGGAACAAACUUAGUGAGCUGAAGGCCAUUAUUGUUGAUGAAAUUUCUAUGGUAUCAAACUUGCAGUUAUUUUAUAUUCAUCUACGUUUAAUUGAAAUAUUUGCAUGUCGUGAUGAGAUUCCAUUUGCCGGCAUUACAGUGAUAGCAUGUGGUGAUUUAUAUCAACUGCCACCUGUUCAACAACGACCUGUGUAUGCUGAUUAUAAAAGUGACUGGCUCAACUUGGUGCAUCUAUGGAAGCUUUUCGAAUUUGCUGAGCUUACAGAGGUAAUGAGACAAAAAGGUGAUAAUGUAUUAAUAGAUUUACUAGUCGAUUAG